GAGAGAGAGAGAGAGAGAGAGAGAGAGGAAGCAGCCAAGCGCCAAGCAAAGCAGAGGGACACCCCCCACCCCCAUGCAGUGGAAGAGCAAACCAUCCAUGUUAUUGUUAUUAUUAUUAUUAUUAUUCCCCUGAUCAUCUCUUUGGAUCUCAUCAACCCCCAAACCCCAUCAUCUCCCCAUCCACGUGAUGUGAUCUCCAUCUCCAUCUCCCCCUCUUCCUCCUCCUCUCUUUCCUCACAUAUUCUCCUCCUCCAUUAGACCAUUACUGUAUCCAACCAACCAACCAACCAACCAACCCAUUACACAAUCAUGGAGCUGCCGGGUUCUCGAGCGAGAAGCGUAGCGACGACGACGGCGAUGUUCUUCGCGGCGACGCUUCUGCUGCUGAUCAUCUCGGCGGCGUCGGCGUCGGCGUCGGCGUCGGUGGAGCCGCCGGCGUCGUGGUCGUUCCCGAACGCGCGGCUGCGGGCGGCGUACGUGGCGCUGCAGACGUGGAAGCAGACGGCCAUCUUCUCGGACCCGCGGAACCUGACGGGCGGCUGGUCGGGCCCGGACGUCUGCUCCUACUUCGGCGUGUUCUGCGCGGCGCUGCCGUCCGACCCCUCUGACGGGGCCGGCUUCCUCCCCGACGAGCUCUUCCUGGGCCUCCCCGACCUCGCCCUCUUCCACCUCAACUCCAACCGCUUCUGCGGCACCCUCCCGCGCGCCCUCGCCGGCCUCGCCCUCCUCCACGAGCUCGACCUCAGCAACAACCGCUUCGUCGGCGCCUUCCCGGGCGUCGUCCUCGACCUCCCCGCCCUCCGCUACCUCGACCUCCGCUUCAACGAGUUCGAGGGCCCCAUCCCCGCGGGCCUCUUCGACCGCCCCCUCGACGCCAUCUUCCUCAACUCCAACCGCCUCCGCCGCCCCAUCCCCGCCAACCUCGGCGACUCCCCGGCCUCCGUCGUCGUCCUCGCCCACAACCGCCUCGGCGGCUGCAUCCCGCCCUCCAUCGGCCGCAUGGCCGACACCCUCAACGAGAUCGUCCUCCUCGACGACGGCCUCGCCGCCUGCGUCCCGCCCGAGGUCGGCCUCCUCCGCCGCCUCACCGUCUUCGACGUCAGCUUCAACCUCCUCCAGGGGCCCCUCCCCUCCGCCCUCUCCGGCGCCGCCGACCUCCAGCAGCUCGACGUCGCCCACAACCGCCUCACGGGCGCCGUCCCGGAGGCCGUCUGCGCGCUGCCCAGGCUCGAGAACUUCACCUACGCCUACAACUUCUUCACGUCGCGCCCGCCCGCCUGCCCGCCGGCCAUGGACGGCAGGUUCAACUGCAUCCCCGGCCAGCCGUCCCCGCGCCCGCCGGGCCAGUGCGCCGCCGCCGCCGCCCACCCCUUCGACUGCACCAAGUCCGACUGCUCCCGCCACCAUUACCCCUACCCCGUCCCCUUCCCUCCGGCGCCGCCGGCCCAUGAAUGGAGGCGGGGCUACAUUCCGCCGCCCGCCCCCGUCGGCGGCCCCACCAGGGGCAACUUACGCCGCCCGCCCCCUCCCGCCGCCAACUCUCACACAACUCCCCCCGCCUUUCCGGCUACUACGCCGCCGCCGCCUUCGUCCGCAUACCAGCCCGGGCACCGAAUGCCGCUGCCGCCUUACCAUCCCACUCCAUCGCCCUCCUCGCCGGCGGGUUCUUCACCGCCUCCGGGAUCGCCGACAGCUCCGUCGUAUCAGACGCCGCCGCCGCCGAAGGGUCACGACGGAGGGCUGCCAUUCCCGCCGGUUGUCGGCAUUCCCUAUGCGUCUCCGCCGCCGCCGGCCAUUCCCUACAACUGAAUCCUUCCUACCAUAAUCUCUUCUUCUUCUUCCUCCUCUUUUUUCCACUCUCUAUUUUUGCAAUUAAGAAGUGUCUGAUUAUUAUUAUUAUUAUUAUUAUCAUCAAAAUAUUAUUAUUAUUAUUGAAUUAAAGUGUUGUAUUCUAUCCCUUUUCGCCUUAAUUUCCCCUGUAAACUGGAGUAAAGUGUUGGCUGUUGGUUGUUGAGUAUGCAGAAGAGUCGCCUCCUCUUUUUUGCUUUAA